AUGGAGUUCGACGGAAGGGAUUCUAGCCACCCGCCGAUCUCGGCGGAGGAGGAGGCUGUGAAGAGGAAUACAGACUGCGUCUAUUUCCUAGCAUCUCCCUUAACCUGUAAAAAGGUAAGCCGUAGUUUAUCGCCCUCUCGUAUCACUUCUGGUGUCUGUGUAGUUUUAGGGCUUUGGAUUUUUUCCCUUUAUUCUUCCUAAUCUGAUUCAUGCGGAGGGUCUCGGAUGUUUCCGCUUGAGCACAUAGCGAUUGGUUCACUCUUAGCUGCGUCUGAUGUAGGUUUUUUCUCUUUCAUUCGUCCAUGAAAAUGCUGAAGGCAUGCCUAAGAUUAAGAGACGAGUUCCCAUUGCUCUCCGGCUCUUCGCUCAGCCCGGUCGAACCGUUGUUUGGAAAUGGUUACUUCUAGUUCAUUAGGGAAAGUUUGAACUAUAAACGAGGACAACUUCCGCAUGAACUGGUUUGUUUGAAUCAAGAAGGAACCCCCGUUGAUCAAGGCUCGAGAAGGGGGGGAUGAAUGAAAGAGCAGGCCAAUCGCCGAAUGUCAGUUGUCUAUUUUUUGUUGGGGUGUCAGAUGUUGAAAACAGCUGUUGAUGUUUGAUGUCUGGAGGUUUGUCUAAAACCGAAACACAGGGAAUCUUGAGGUUGGACCUCGUGGUGGCUGUUGCCUGUUCCAUCUAUUCCCUCUCUUUUCGACUGGCCUGUUUUUUUUUUCUAUAUCUGUAAUUCAGGCCAGUUCUGUGUGGAAAUGGAACGGCAAUGAUUGGCCUAUGCUUAGUUGACUCAAGCUCUUCCCUCUGAUAUGUCGGUUGUCUACUGAAAUUUCUGUAAUCCAGGGGUUGGGCCGCAAUGAAUUUCCCAGCUCAAGUUGCAUCUCUUCUACUUUCCAUUGUACUUGAUUUCACCCGCGGGUUGCCCUCUUCACAUUAGCAAUGCAGGCGUCUUUAGCAACACCAAGUCUACCUCUGAUUUUACUCUUUGGACUCAGCUCAAUGUGGUAGCUAUCAUUGAGGGCGGGAUGAAUGACUUAUUCAAUUGUCGUUAGUAGUCGGGUGCUAUUGGUCAGAUGAUCUCUUUCUCAUAUAUAUAUUUUUUUCUGUCACGAGUUUCGCUCUCUAGGGAUCUCAUAAAUUACCCAAGGCUAGUCUCAAUGUGCAUGUCUUGUGCUUUCACUGUUAUUAACUGCCUUUAGUGUGGCGCUUCUAUUGAAGCAGGAUACUUGUGAUCGGAACUAGUUGCUCUGCCUUCUGUUCACAUCUUACCUGUACUGGGUUUGUGGCCGUAGAUUGAGGGAAUUUAUUGCUGAUGAAAUAUUUCUGUUCUUCAUUUACAUUAAACAGUUAAUUUUCCCGAUGCUUUGGUGACUAGUUUGCUUUUAUCAAAUCAUUAAGAACAAACAGUUGGGGGAAAACCUGUCAUUCAGUAUGUUCUCUAUGGCCUCCAUUCUUCCUCAUCAAUUAUUGGAUUUUUCUGGAAAGCUUAUUCUGCUACAUAACACUUCACCCAGAGCCUAUGUAUCAUGUUCGUGCUUCCUAUUAUAAGAGCUUUGCUGGUUUCAGCAUGUGUCCCUGCCUCAGAGAUGUGACCUACUGUUCAACAUAUCUAAGCUUCUUGUUUUAAACAAACCGAAUCAGGAUUUUCUUUCCAUUUCUAUUCAGAAACAUACUAUAGUUGGCCAAAUUAUUCUCAAAUAUAUACCGCUCUUCUGGUGAGGCCACAAUUCUCAAGUAAGUCUUCCCUUGAUCAUGUCAAGGGAACUAUGCUGGCAGAUUCCACACUGGAUCUGCCAGGUUGGGUCUUCUUUCCAUUAAAAUCUUGGUUUCGAGUUCUUUGGAUUCCAGCCUUACCUUUUUUUUAAAAGCAUCAAGGGUACAUUUGCUAUAAAUAUUUACCUUCAGGGCAAUGAAUGCGAAUAUCGGCACAGUGAAGGCGCCAGAGUCAACCCCAGGGAUUGCUGGUACUGGUUAAGCGGCAGCUGCCUCAAUCCAAAGUGCUUAUUUCGGCACCCGGUGGGUCAUCGUCUGUCAUUUAUUUUCGAGAGGUAUUUACUUUCUCUUUCAAUGUGCAAACAACUUAUCAGAGGGAACACUGCGCUAUUCUUGUUGCUGUUUGCAGCCGCUUGAUGGCUUGAUUGGGGCUCCAAGUUCGACUCCCCCCGGACCUGCUCAGUCUGCAGGACCGAAGAACAUAGUUCCCGGACAGGUUCAUGCAGUCCAAGCGCCAGCUCGUUCUUCAACCAAGCAGAGCGUGCCCUGCUAUUAUUUUCAGAAUGGGGGGUGUUUGAAAGGUAGCAGAUGCCCUUUCACCCAUGGAGGGCAGCCUUCUCCUGGCUCUACGAAGCAAGCAGGACAGCCUGCCAUGCCUUCUUCAGAACCGUUGCAUGCAUCCAAGAACCUGUCCUGGACGUCACAGAGGUCUGCGCAGCAGACUAAACCAGAAGCAGCUGCCGACAAGGGACUGGACUUGUCUCGCUCGUCGAAAAAGGUCGAUAGCAAGGCAGAAGUCCCAUUUGCUAAUGGGCUUGCUGUUAAGAGUGCUGGGCCUCCCCCUCCACUGACUGGUGAUGAUCACGCUUUCCAGCCGGGUAACGCUGUUUCUCGCGACUCAGAUUAUGCAGACAGGUUCCAUGGUGGUCAUCUGCAGCCUGUGGACGAGCAUAUGCAGGAUGGCAGGGAGCCCGAUGACUCCUUGAGGGAGUCCUCUCCAGGGUUUGAUGUUCUUGUUGAGGAGCACGAGGAUGCUGGUUACUUCCAAGAUGACACAGAGCUUGGUGGCACACCUGACUAUGGCAGAAUCAAUCUUGGUCUUGUAAGCGAUAUUGACUACCUUCAUUCCUCUGAUUAUGAAUCCCUGUCAAGGUUUGAAGGGGAGGCGUAUGAUGGCGUUGCCGAGUUUGAGAGAUACGGGCAACACAACGAGUACCGCCAGGAGAACAAGAGAUCAUCCGAGAGGAGAGGGCCAAUGAGGGAGGACAGCCAUGGUAAGCUGGAUGCUUCUGAUCUACGUCACCGGCUCCUGAAGCAGAGGAAAGCUAAUAGGCCGAGGUCGGCCAUUAUUGCUGCUCACCGUGAUGAACCUCAUCAGGAAUCUGAUCGGGACGUUGAGCAGAGACAUCGGAGUGAUAGCUCUCGGAGAGAUCAGCGUCAUCUUCCACGUGAAAGCUCCAUUAGCAAGCGCCUGCAAGGAAGAAUAAAGCUACCCGAAAGGCCCGACUUGGACAAUUACAGCAGCUCGCGCUCUGAGAGAGCAGCAGACAAGGGAAGGAGCAGGGGCAGAUCAUCAUCACCUGGGCGACCUUCCAGCCGCCAGGGUAGAGACCACGAGAUAACAACGCAGAAGGCGCAUAAGCAGGAUCCAGGGAGAGAGGAGGAAGCGGGGCCACUGAACUUUGCCGGCCCCAAAAGUCUUGCAGAGCUCAAGGGUAUGAUGACCAGAAACAACGGUAGUGCCAUUACACAGGACAGGAAGAUAUCGGAAGCUGAUCCUUCCUUUGAGAGGCCAAAGCUGCCGAGUGCCAUUCUGAAGAGAAAGAGAGAAGAAGCACCCGAGGCGGCCAUGGAAAGGCCUGCAAGUAGGGAUCGUAUGACCAUUAGUUCUUCAGGAUUGGAGAAUGGAGAUGGCCUCGCCGAAGGACCAAAGUCAUCGCCAGUCGAAGAAGAAGAAGAGGAAAACACGAAGCUUCCUAAUGGCCAGCUUGACGAAGAAACAAACCCCAAGGAGGAAGACCUCGCAGAGUGGCCGCUUUCAGAGCAUCCCUUGCCCGAGCGACAGAUGCUCGAAACAGAGGAUGGGGAUUUCCAGGAGGAAGAUCACGAGCUCGACGAUGAAGAUGGAGAUGACUUCGCCAGGAAGCUCGGGGUCAUGCUUUCAUAG